AGGGCAAGGUUGGUGUCUCUCCUGUCCAUGUAAGCCCCAUCCAACCGGCCCCUUCUCCACUGUCCUGGCAUGUGCUUGGCUCCAGUUGCUUUCUGAAAAGGACCCAAAACAAGAAGAGCAAGCUGCACUACCACAUUGCUGUCAUCAUCAACUACCUGGGGCACUGUGUCUCGCUGGGGGCCCUCCUCGUGGCCUUCGUCCUCUUCAUGCGCCUGCGGAGCAUCCGGUGCCUGAGGAACAUCAUCCACUGGAACCUCAUCACAGCCUUCAUCCUACGCAAUGCAACGUGGUUCGUGGUGCAGCUCACGAUGAACCCAGAGGUGCACGAGAGCAAUGUGGUCUGGUGCCGCUUGGUCACUGCUGCCUACAAUUACUUCCACGUCACCAACUUCUUCUGGAUGUUUGGUGAGGGCUGCUACCUGCACACAGCCAUCGUGCUCACCUACUCCACAGACAAGCUCCGCAAAUGGAUGUUCAUCUGCAUCGGCUGGUGUAUCCCCUUCCCCAUCAUCGUUGCCUGGGCCAUCGGGAAGCUGUACUACGACAAUGAGAAGUGCUGGUUUGGGAAGAGAGCAGGAGUUUAUACAGACUACAUUUACCAAGGCCCCAUGAUUCUGGUGCUUCUGAUCAACUUCAUCUUUCUCUUCAACAUCGUCCGAAUCCUCAUGACAAAGCUCCGAGCUUCAACCACGUCAGAGACCAUCCAGUACAGGAAAGCAGUCAAGGCCACGCUGGUGUUGCUGCCCUUGCUGGGGAUCACCUACAUGCUCUUCUUUGUCAACCCGGGGGAGGAUGAGAUCUCCAGGAUCGUCUUCAUCUACUUCAACUCCUUUCUGGAGUCCUUCCAGGGCUUCUUCGUCUCUGUCUUCUACUGCUUCCUGAACAGCGAGGUCCGAUCGGCUGUACGGAAGCGGUGGCACCGGUGGCAGGACAAGCACUCCAUCCGUGCCCGUGUGGCUCGGGCCAUGUCCAUCCCCACCUCCCCAACCCGUGUCAGCUUCCACAGCAUCAAGCAGUCCACGGCCGUCUGAGCCGGGAGCGAGGUUCCAGACAGGAUGAGGAGCUGGUGUCCGUGCUGUGAGGGACCCUGACAUGGCACAGCACAGGAGCCGGGUCCUGCUGCACCCACUGCAGCAGAGGGUGCAUUAACUCGCUGUGGGAAACCCUACAGAGGCUCCUGCCCUAUUCACUGGGGCAGACCUGUAGGAUAGGACAGCUGAGAGGCUGCUUUGUCACCUCCCUGGCAGCGGUGUGACCUGCUGGGUGGCAGAAGGAGCCAGAGAAGCCUGGAGAGGUUGCAGCAGCCACCCUGGGUGCGCUGCCCCGUGUCCCAUCGUUGUCAUAGCUUUGAGGUGACAGGACACCAGGACCUUGUUGGGACAGCCUAUGAGGCUGGUCCUUGGGAAGCUGGGUCAGCCUUCUAGUGGGAGGCUGUUGGGAAGGGGCAUAACCCUCUGCGGGGAGUUCAAAGCCCUCUGAGUUGACAUGGGAUG